AUUGAAUUGAAAGAGUCAUAACACUUCCCGAGUCGUACACUACAAAGAGUCGACUUUGGCGAUGGCGACAAUCAACAAUCAUCCCACGGUACAUCCAGACGCCCAACCGACGUCUGAUUACCACCCUUCGGCAUUCACGCUGCCAAAUGGAUGUCCUAUCGAUAACCCGUUCAACUCCGAGAGGAUCCGGCAGUAUAAUGGAAAUUCCAUCAAGAUCUCCCAGCUUCUCCAGGAGACAUUCUUGAUUGAUCAACUCGCCCAUUUCGCUCAUGAGCGUAUCCCGGAGAGACUCGGUCACGCCAAAGGAACUGGUGCCUACGGAACUUUCGAAGUGACUAGUGAUGAAAUCAAAGACUAUACUUGCGCCGAUUUUCUCCAGAAGAAGCCCAACCCAGAGGACAACAAAACGCCGUUUUUUAUGCGGCUCUCCACCACUUCUGGAUUCCGGGGCUCGGCUGACACCGUUCGAGAUACCAGAGGGUUUGCUUUCAAAUUCUAUACUAACGAAGGCAAUCUCGACUGGGUCUUUUUCUUCCCGGAGGUCUUUGGGGUCUGGGACCCGGGCAAGAUUAUCUCGAACAACCAUGUGACAAAGAAGUGCCCGGCCACUGGAUUGUCUGAUCCCAACAUGGUCUUCCACUUUAUUAACAAGAACCCGGAGGCGUACAACUCUUUCAUGAGAACCCACAGUGAUGAGGGAACUCCUAGAACAUAUGCAGAUGUGACCAUAGCAGGUAUCAACACGUACACGUUUGUUAAGGAUGACAAUAACUAUUCCUACACGAGAAUCACAAUUGUGCCUGAGAACCCAGCCACUCCGUUCACCGCGGCCCAGGCAACCGCAAUGGCUGGAGUAGACCCAGACUUCCACAACCGUACCCUGUUCAACUUGAUUGCGGAUACCAAUCAAAAGGAAGCUGCUCUUCGAGCGGACUUGAAGAAAGUGGAUGAAAAGCUGACAGGCGCAUCUCCCGGGGAAAAGGAGCAGCUGGAGAAGGUCAAAGCAAGCCUGAAGCAGCGAAUCGAAGAGUUGCCCUACCCGCGCUGGAGGGUCAACGCCCACAUUAUCAAGCCGGAUGAAGUGGAAGCCUCCGAGAUCAACAUCUUUGACGCGAGCAAGCUCCUUCCGAAGGAACUGGGAAGAACGAUCGAGAUCGGUAGGAUCACCCUCAACCGGAACCCUCGAAACCAGUUCGCCGAAACCGAGCAGUCCGCGUUCUCCGUGGCCAAUGUCGUGCCGGGGUGGGAUAUAUCCCCUGACCCAAUCCUCCAAUCUCGCCUGUUUGCCUACGGUGAAGCCCACCGUCACCGACUGGGCAUCAACUCCGAUCAGCUCCCCGUGAACCGCCCCAAGCGAGUCUGGGACCCAACCAGACGCGAUGGACCGGCUGCUCUGUUUAACUACGAGGACAUCCCCACCUAUAUUGCGGAGUUCGACAAGGCCGGGGCGCUCGAGGGCACCAAUACCUCGGCGAGCUAUGUCGGCGGCCACCGCUGGGACAAGAAAAACCCCAUCGAGUUGAAGAGGGACACAAACGAGUGGGCUAAUCUCAAAGACCAACUGAAACAGCCAUGGGAAUACUAUAAGAACCAUCUGAAUGGCGCCCCGCCAGCUGAAGACCAAGACCCAUUGUACAGACAGAGAGCCAAAGAGUACGGAAUUGCCUACAAGCAGUGGGCGUUUGUGCAUAAUGUUGCGCUGCAUCUUUAUUCAUGCAAGGAUCACAUUCGUCAAGAAACCUACGAAAUUUUCAAGAAAAUGGACACAGACAACCCGAAAGAUGGACAGACCUCAAAUAACUUGGGCGUGUUGAUCGAAAAUGAGACCAACCAAAUUAUCAAGGACCAUCAGACUUCGAAGAAUGUGGAGUUGAGGAACUGAGAAAGGUCGAUCUUUCCAACGGGGAUUGUAUCUAGGCAAUUUGUUGCUUGAGAUGGCCCUGGAAAGAAACUUAACACUAUUAAAGAAUGUUUUUGAAUUGGAAAUUGAUUUACUAUUGCCGUCUAUGACCAUCUAAUAAAACAAAGUACUAUAAACCACCUGCAUCAUAAGAUAUUCCAC